AUGCUGCGCUUCCCCGUGAAGAAGAUCCGGAAGCAGUUCAAGCUCCUGCUGCUGCUGGUGCUGCUCACCUCCGCCGUGUGGUUCACCUACCUGCACAUCAACCAGGGCAAGACCAUCAAACUCCACUUCAACUACGGCAAAGAUGGAGAGAGACAGACGGAGGGGACAGAUGCCAGCCGAAAGAGGGACACUCGCUCCUCCGCCGGACACCACAAGAGUGAGGACACCAGUGACAGCAGGGAGGACGAGGCGGCAGAGGAUGAGCCAAUCACAGGAGGGGCCGAUGGCAGAGACCACACCCACAUCAGGAAGUUCCUCAGCCAGCGCCACAAGAAAUUGCCAUGGAAACCUGAGUACAAAGGCCAGGCCAACCUGCAUGUGUUUGAGGACUGGUGUGGUGCAUCUAUUGCCCAGCUCAGAAAGAACCUGCACUUUCCUCUCUACCCACAUACAAGAACCAUAGUGAAGAAGCUGGCGGUGGCUCCUAAGUGGAAGAACUAUGGCCUGAGAAUAUUUGGCUUCCUUCACCCUUACAGAGAUGGUGAUUUCCAGUUCUCGGUGUCGUCUGAUGAUAACUCAGAGUUCUGGCUGAGUCCUGAUGAGAGCCCUCUCAACGCCAGGCUGCUGGUCUAUGUAGGACGGCUGGGUACUGAGUGGACCGCUCCAGGCGAGUUUAGCAAGUUCAGGUCCCAGUCCUCCAAGUCUGUGCACUUGAUCUCCUCCAGACGGUACUACUUCGAGAUCCUUCACAAGCAGGACGACAAGGGCUCGGAUCACGUGGAGGUCGGGUGGCGUCCAUUCCUCCCCGGCUUGAAAUAUGAAGUGAUUGACUCAGCCUACAUCUCCCUGUACACAGAUGAGUCCAGCCUGAAGAUGAACAGUGUGGACCACAUCCCCCAGACCUUGGCCAGUCACAUCCGUCUCCCAGCGGAGCCUCAGCCUCAGGGCCCGGCUCAGGGCUCAGAAGGAGGCAGCACCAUGCAGCACGGAGCAGAUAUGCUGAAGCCGGACCCCAGGGACACCUUCUACAGCACCCCCAUGAUCGACCCUGCCCGGCUGGAAAACGUUCUGCCGGCCUGCCUCUACUCUCCGACUUACGUAGUCAAAGACUUUCCCAUCGCCAGAUACCAGGGCCUGCAGUUUGUGUAUCUGUCUUUCGUCUACCCCAAUGACUUCACACGUCUCACCCAUAUGGAGAGGGAGAACAAGUGUUUCUACAGGGAGUCUCCAAUCUACUUAGAGAAGUUUGGAUUCUACAAAUACAUGAAGAUGGAUGAGGAGGAAGAUGAUAGACCGUUCUUCUUCCCCAACCCAGAUGAUUUCCUGGAGGAAGAGGAAGUGGUCGAUCCAGAGGACGAGGCAGAGAUAGUUGGCACCCAGUCGCCCAAGAAGCCGUCUCAUCCCAGCCAGAGCAGCCACACCUCCAAACCCUCCCAUCAGCGCUCGAGGCCCGGGCCCACACCAGCUGGCAGAGAAGUGGAGGAGGAGGAGGAAGAAGAGGAGGAGGAUGAAGAAGAGGAAGCAGGGGCGGUUGACAGUAUGGUAGUCCGAAGGGAGAGGAGACACUUCCCCGAGAGAGACGGGCAGAUGGUUAGGGCUGAGGACAGAGACUGGGGACGGGACCAUACUCGGGGAAACAGGGCACAAGACACCAGAAAGGAGCCUCCAGAGCUCAAAUCCAAGGUACUGCCCCCUGACAUGGACAGCGUGGUCCAGGGUCGCUCCCUUUCCUGGAUCCGCACUGGUCCUGCCGAGCUGGGCCCCGGCAGGAAAGGAGGAGGGACGGGCGGAGGAGAGCGGGGCGCAGAGACACCUCCUAAACUGACUAAGUCUUCGCUCCUGUUCCCCCAAAAGACCUCCCUCUCUGCCCUUGCCAGCCGAGCCAAGCAGAUCCUCAGCAACUCCGCCCACAGCAACAACGCCCAUCCCCGUGACAGCGGCAAGCUCACCAGCAACAAGAAGGAGAAGAGGGAGGAGAACAAGAUCUACAUCACCAGGCCUCGGCCGGCCAAGGAGAGGGAGAAGGAGAGGGAGAGGGAACAGCGGAGAGAGAGGAGGGAGGAGAGAGCGUCCCGCCACCCUAGAGAGGUGUUCCCUGGAGUCUUUCUGUACCAGACUGGGAAAACUACUAAGCUGGUCAACCUGCGUGCAAAAACACGAACUGGGACAGGAGUAACAGGGGGCAGGAGCUUAGUUAGUUCCCCCCAGCUCUGGCCCAACCCGCCCACAAAAGAAGGCAAAACACCUCCGCGCAAUGGAACUAUCAGCAAACAAAGUGAAAGUGUAGGACACAGGGCAGCCAGCAUGGCAGCAGUGCCAAAACACCCAGAGAAAAGCAAGAGAAAAGCAGAGCACCAGGUUCCAGAGAGAGAGGCUGCUGCCACUGCUGAUCUACCCAGCAAAGAGAGCCCUCUGGCCCCACUGUCCCAUGACCAAGACCUCCCUCUUCCUCCGGUGACUCCUCCCAAGUUUAACUCCACAGAAAGCAGCUUGCAAGGUCAAACCCGGGUCACGUCUUACCUCAGGACCUCAGAGAUCACGGAGUCGCAACUGCAGCCUGACCCAGACGUCAACCCUGCAGAACCCGACCAGGAACCUGACGCGAACCGUUCUAACCCUGACCCAGACCCCGAUCCCGAGCCUGAACCAGAGGAGGGUGGCAUGUCCGACUACAGCUAUGAGGAGGUGGAGGCUCGGCCGGGCUGGGCAGAGGAGAGCAUCAACUGGCAGAGGACCUUCUCUGUCAACCCAAUGGACUUUGAGCUUCUCCGCUCGGACUGGAACGACCUUCGCUGCAACGUGUCUGGCAACCUCCAGCUGGCAGAGAGCGAGGUGGUGGACGUGCUGGCCCAGUACAUGGAGAAACUCAAUGAACGCAAUGGAGGGAUCUACACUCUGCUGCGGAUCAUCAACGUUGAGAAGCGCCGAGAUUCAGCCAGGGGGAACCGUUACCUGGUGGAGCUGGAGCUGAUGGAGAGAGGCCGCAGCGUGGUGCGUCUGUCUGAGUACAUUUACCUGCUGCUUCACCGCAGCCGCCUGGGGGAAGAAAGCCUGGAGAACACUGACUCGGCCCCAGCCUCGGCACCUGCCUCAGCCCCCUCGGCUGCCACUUCCAGCCUCGCCACCCCACCGCCGCCUCCCUCCACCAGAUCCCCUGCCAGGCCCGGCGCCACCCCCUGGGGCACAGCCUACGCCAAGCCUCUCCUCUGCCAGCCUGUCAUGCUGCAGUGGAGGAGGGAUGUCAUGGUGCACUUUGUGGUCCCAGUGAAGAACCAGGCCCGCUGGGUACAGCAGUUCAUCUCUGACAUGGAAAAUCUGCAUCGGCAGACCAAAGAUGACAAUUUCAGCAUCAUCAUUGUUGACUUUGAGAGUGAAGACAUGGAUGUGGAGCAAGCGCUAAGAGAGAGCACUGUGCCCAGAUAUGAGUACCUCAGGAGGGAAGGGAACUUUGAACGCUCAGCAGGACUGCAGAUUGGAGUGGAUACUAUUGAGGAUAGCCACAGCAUCGUGUUCCUGUGCGACCUGCACAUCCACUUUCCUCUCAACAUCCUGGAGAGUAUCAGGAAGCACUGUGUGGAGGGACGCCUCGCUUUUGCCCCCAUCGUAAUGAGACUUGGCUGCGGCAGCUCGCCACAGGAGCCUGACGGUUACUGGGAGGUAAAUGGCUUUGGCCUGUUUGGAAUAUAUAAGUCUGAUUUUGAUAAGAUUGGAGGGAUGAACACGGAGGAAUUCAAGGACCGCUGGGGUGGAGAGGACUGGGAGCUUCUGGACAGGGUGCUGCAGAACGGUUUGGAGGUGGAGCGACUACGCCUGAGGAACUUCUUCCACUAUUAUCACUCCAAACGGGGCAUGUGGAACGCCCAGAACAAGAAAACCCCCAAGGGAUAGUGCACCACGCCGGUGGGUAGAUCCCAACCUGCCUGCGGAUCCACUGUGUGAGAGAGAGACCUGUGGGAGCUCGCUCACUGCCGGACUCUGCCUUUUUGAAACAGGCGCCUUCCAGGGCUGCCUCAGUUUCACCACUGGCCCCUCUUGUAUGCUUGUCUGUAUGAGGAAACGGAGUCCAAAUCUGAACUCUGGAGUCUGCUGUUUACGCAGACAGACCUGAGUCAUCACUUUGCCUCACUGACUGAACUACUGCACAGAGAGAAAAGAGAGUUAUUUUCUCUCUCCCUCUCUCUGUCCUUUUUGGUGCAAUGUUCUCAGACAGACUGGAAAGCAGCUGAUGUGUGUGUGUGUACGCGUGCGUGUGUGCGCGGCUGAAUGUUUGUGUGUGUGCGUGUGUGUAUGUAUGUAUGCGUGCGUUCGUUGUGUGUGUUUCUAAUGACAGAAGGAAGCACCUUUUUCUAACAAGGAGAUGUGAAGACAACCUAAGAUUUUUUUCUUUUUUCUUUUUUUUCUAACACGUCCUUAAAUGGGAGCCUAAUAGAAUGUGUGUCACGUUAUUCAGAUAGAUCCAGACAUGGUGGAGUAGGCUGAGUAGAGGAUUUCUGUCCUUGGUGUUGCUAAUUAGAUAAACUGCUACCUGUUUGAUAUCCUAUUAACUAUUUUGAUUGAGGUGCUGAUGUUCUGAUAUCUGCUGUUGUGGGUCAUUGCGUAUUACGAUCUGCAGAAAGACACAGCAUCGGCUCAACAAUGUCAACGCAAAGCUUUUAGGUCAGAUAAGCCCUUUUGCAAACUGACCGACACUUCAUCUCUCUCUCUCUCUCUCUCUCUCUCUCUCUCUCUCUCUCUCUCUCUCUUUCUCACUCUCUCUCUCUUUUCUUAUCUUUACCUCACCUCUGCCUCUAUCCAUGUCACAGUGUCUUCUCAAUGUCACGCCAAUUUGUGUAUUUGUAUCCCUUUGAACAUUAUAGAUAGCCUCGCAGCUAUUUUGUAAUAAGAGUUUUAUGUGCUUCACCCAAGUUCAGACUAGCUAUUGUUUACAACUCGAUGAAUUCUAGGUCAUUAAUUGCAGGUUAUUUUGCUGUCCAGAGUUUCAGCUAUUCAAAUGAGGUUCCCAGUUGCCAUAAGUGAAUACGGAUGCAUAAUGCACUAAAAAUUGGGGCACUAUUUUCUCUUCUAAAACACUGAAAACAGUUUACACACUCUUAUUCUACUGAUGGCGUCCUCCAUUUCCUCUAGCUCUCUAACCUCAGUCAACUGGAACAUACUUAAAACUGUAACAGGAGGGGGGGGCAGUGGACUAGGACAGCUCUCUCAUAUUUUAUUUAACAUUGUCUCCAUUGUUUUAAGCGUUUGCUGAGCUGAGUAUUGCUUUUGAAAUAUUGGAUUUUUGGGGAUUAAAUACUUUAUCUCUAACAUAUGAAUACCAACCAAGACAGAAUAAGCUGAGCUAUUGAAAGCAUUGAGACACUUCUUUUAAGCUUGCAUAAAGCUCUGACAGAAGUGAGUUAAGUACGGGAUAUGAUACAGGAAGGCAUGGCUACUUCACAUAUGUGUGCCUUUAUCAGAGUUUGGCAGUUUUUAAGCUAUAGGUCGGAGGAAAGGGCAGGGACAGACAAAAAAUAUGAGAUUAUUAAUCUGCAGGUUGCAAUGUCACUGUACAUUCAGAAACACUGUUUGUUAAAAAAAAGAAAAUUAUUAUCUUCAACGGAUUACAGAUGUGUCAGUCUUUUUGUUGCAUUUUGCUCAGAGGUAAGAAGGAGCGGCGUGGCUGGGGUUGGAGUUGACCGUCUUGAUACCUUUACCGUUGGUGGCCACGGUGAAUCCGGUGUGGCCUGCAGGUGAGGCAGAGAGAGAAAGGGAGAGAUGGGAAGAAGGAGGGAUGAGAGGGAACAGAAGGGGUGAUGGAGACACACUGGCAGCUGCUGCAGUCCAGCGUGACCCCAUCUGCUCCCAUUAGUUUGGCCGGAUGCCAGGCUCCUAAUGCCUCUGUUUAUGCAACGUGGUACUUAUAUUGACAGGGAACGGCCAGAGGACUCUAGGCUGGACAUACAGUAUAUGGAUGAGAGCUAAUGAUCUAUCAUUGACUAUAUGAUUGUUACAAUGCCCUCCAAGACCCUUUCUUUGCCUCUACAGGAAAAGGUCUACACUGUACUUCAUUUAACAUUCACAUGGGACUAUUUAAGGAGAAAAAAAGAAACACAUUAAAUAUAAGAAUAUAUAUAAAAACAUAAAAAUGAAAAACAGGAAUAUACAUUCCAAGGUAAUUUCUGUGAAAUUGUUUUGUA